UAAUAAUAUUAAUAACAUGACUGUUUUACAGUUGUGCUUUAUAUUAUAAUUAUUGUUUCAUAAAAGUGAACUCAAUUUUUUUUUUUUUUUUUUUUUACUAUCUCAGUUUAAUAUUCAGGGGCAGGAGGAGUGUUUGGGAAACUUGUUUGGAAACAGUCAGUAUUUUAUUUGGUGCCACUAGUGUGAGUGUGUGUCUUUGUUGCUUCUAGAGCUGCUCACAUUGUUCAGAGUUCUCCCUCAGUAGGGUUGAGCUCACUGUUGUGACAUCAUAGUGGAGAUUCCGUUCUGGCAGUUCUAAACUGCAGCUCUGACUCUGGUCUGCUGUUAGUGUGUUAGGAGUGAACAGAUCGAAAGACUUUCGUGACUUUCUACAAAUAUUGACGACAAAUAUUGAAUUCGCUUGCAGCAUUCAGUGUCCAUUAAUGGCUCUGUUUAGCAGCGUUUUUAGACGACUCUUUGAGCGUUUCGCUCACUUCUUGCGCAGAAGGGAGACACAGCCGUGUGCAGCGCAAGAAUUAGCGGCAGUAGAGAAACUUCCAGAGGAGUGUGAGGCCUUCGACUUCACUGCCAAUGACCGGAAGUGCAGAAAGAGACGCCGCAAGGUACCUAAGAAGUGCCAGCUUGGAGAGAGAGAGGAGGAAAGAGAGGUGAAGAUCAAGGGAAAGAUCAAUCAUAAAGAUGAGCCUGAAGAGGAGAGAGAGCCACUCAGACUUGAAAAGAUAAAGAAGAGUGGACGUGUGCAUCUGAAAAAAAGAGAGAUGCACAGUCUGGAAAAGUUGAUGGAGGGAGGAAGUGAGCUUAGGGAAGCUGGAGUAAAGAAAAGGAAGAAGAGAAAACUGAAGCAACGGAAGGCCACAGAGCCAACGCCACUUCUUGUGGAGGUCAAACCUCUGCAUACUCCGGUCAGAUCUUCCUUCUUGAACCCAAUAGAGGGAGAACUACCAAUGCUUCCAAGUGUCUCCGAACACCUCUCUCUACCAGCCGCUCGCUUCAAACCCCUGCCGCCGGUGACAAAACCACCCGUGAGUCCUCAGAAACCUCAUGUGGAUCCUCCCAAACUGUUGGCGGUUCCUCCAUGUCCCGAUGAAGUUGUUUCGUUCCAAUGCUCUUCAUCCCAAGUGCAUCCUUCCAAACCACAGGUGCUUCCAUUGGCGGUUCCUCCACGCCCCACUCCAGCGCCUGAUGAUCUGUUUUCUUCAUCCCAAGGGCGUCAUCCCAAACGACUUCCUCCGAGCCCGACUCCUGCACCUGAUGAAGUUGUUGCUCUGCAACGUCCUCCCAGCCGGAAGCCUCAGCCAUUCACUUCUUCCCUGUUUGAACUGCCUCCAGAACUCAUGCUGGUUGAUAUAGAGGAUGAGGAGAAUGAGUAUGUGGAGUACACAGGGAAGACCUUCCGGGCCAGCGACGUACUCAGGUCUGAACGCCCCCAAAUGCCGGAGGCUGAAAUGAAACCGAGAAAGAUGGUUGCUUGGUUGGAUAAGGACAGCGAGAUGCCGGAGGAAGCAUGGGAGAGUGAAGUGGUGGAGGUCCAGGAAUUUGAGGAAGAGGACCCCAGUGAAAUGGGAGACUCCAGUGCCAUACAAGGCCACGCCUCUCAGAAAACUGAUGAGCUCACGAUGAAGCUCUUCUGUGUAACCUCUCCUGACGGCCCCAAGAAUGAGACCCAGCACACUGUGAACGUGCAGGAAAAAUGCAAAAGAAAAGUGACACUUUUUCUGUUCACCUGGGCAGAGGAGAAGGCCAAGAAAAAGGGGGAGAAGAAAAUAAUCAAGGAGAAGGAGCGACGAGAAAAAGAGUUGCUGCUUGAACGCUACAUGAACGAUCCGAAACUGAAGCACUUGUGGAUCAACAAGCACAACCGCAACUACUGCUUCUCCUAA